GAAGGAGGAGCGAUCUCCAGCGGUGGGCGCCUGGGCGAGAAUGCGGUGAGCACAGAUCUGGGAGGGGGAAGGCGCAUCCACGAGGAAAAUCGUCUCCAGCGGCCUCGAGGUUCCUUGCUAAUCUGGUCAUAGAAAGGUAUGGAAAGUGCGGGCGCUGGAAAUCUUCCAGAAGAUGAAAGAUCGAGGUUCUUUCUCGUGGAAGAUUGCGAUCGCGGCAUUUGCCCUUGUUACUCUUUUUCGAGCAUCCAGUUAUUUCUCUUGGCAGCUAUCAAUGCCGAUCCGGGGGAGAUCCACGCGCUAAUCAUCGCCGCGUUACGGUGCUCCGUUGGCGAGCAUGCCAUCGCCGAGAUCUUCUUCUGCCAAGAACUGGACAGACACUUGCAUCGGGUGGAACCAGGGCAUUGCCGUGUGAGCUCGAGACUGGCAUCCCAGCCUGAUCGGCGCCACAUCCCAAUCGCCGCCCCAAGCUCCAAUUACUACAACGACAAGCCAAAGAUGGUGACGGUGUUAUUGUCUCAGCUCCAGGAUUGCGAGGAGAUCAGACAGCAGGGGUAUGGCCUCCUCCAAAGGCCGUGGUUGAUUUACCCUCCAGCAGUAGUCUUUCAACCAGGCCUGGAGCGGGCCUUCUGCCAACUUAAGUCGAGGUUCCUGGUGUUUCUCACCAUGUGUUUCUCACCUGGAUCUCCGCCACAUCGCCAUUGA